CGGUGCUUCGGUCGCUCCCAAACAUGGCCUCCAUGACGGAGCGACCGCUUCAACUUUAAUUUUUCGCCAGUUUUCGGAGUAAAAACCGCGUUUUCUCCUCCCCGCAGCACCGGGAAUGUUCCGACGGAGCCUCCUAUCAUGCCAGGCUUGUGAAACGGAUGUUAUCUGUCGGAGAAGUUCGCUUCUGGCUUUGAACACAUCGCUCUAAGUUGGCUGGAAAGCUGGAGAGGAAAAAGAGAAUUGCAUCAAAUCAAAUGCCAUCUGAGGCUCAGCCUCAGGAGCCUCGGGACAGAGGGCCGCCCCAUCCCCUCACUCGGGCCGGCCGCAGCGCUCAGCUGGCCAAAGCUGCCACUUCUAGCCCCACACCAGAGAAGCGGCCCCGUGGGCGACCUCGGAAAGAUGGGAGCAGCGGGCGCUCUGCACCUACAGCCCCUCCGCCUCCGCCUCCUCCACCACCUCCUCCUACUCCGCCACCUCCCAAAUCAAGAAAGAAGGGGCGGAGCCGAGGGCGAGCUCAGGUAGAGGAUGAAGAGAGCAUGGAUGCAACAGAGAAGACACCCCCUCUAAAGACAGAGGUGAAGGAGAAGACCACACGGCGGCGGCGGUCCACCUCCAGGAGAAAAUCCAAAACAAACUCUGAACCCGCCCAGGACCGGCUCAGUCCAGAACCUGACCCAGACCCAGGCCCGGGUCCUCCUGACCCAGCACCCAGUGUUGGGGAAGAGGAAAUGGGGGAGGAGGAGGACAAACCCAGCUCUGAGGCCCCACCCACAUCAUCCAGCCCCUUACCACAACCAUCCAGCCCCUUACCACACCCAUCUAGCCCCUUGCCUCCAGCCUCCAGUCCCUUACCCCCACCAUCUAGCCCCUUGCCCCCAGCCUCCAGUCCCUUGCCGCCACCAUGUAGCCCCUUGCCCCCAGCCUCCAGUCCCUUGCCCCCACCAUCUAGCCCCUUGCCCCCAGCCUCCAGUCCUUUACCCCCACAAUCAAGCCCCCUACCCACACCAUCCAGCCCCUUACCCACAUCCCCUGAUCCUGAUCAUGGUCCUGGUCCUGUGGAGGAGGACCGGCCCAGUUCAACUUACAGCCCCACCCCCAUUGAAGCAGACUGCAGCCCCAGCAGAGUUCCAAUGGAAACAGAGGAGGUGGAGGAGGGCGUGGCCAGCCCCAUGGAGCACAGUCCGGUCGCCAGUCUCCACUCCAGUCCUCCGGUGUCCCCCUGCCUGCAGUUGGAGGACGAGGACUCGCUGUCGCCCCUGUUCCAGCGCUCUCUGUCAGAAGACUCGGGCGGCUCACCCACCCCCAGCCUGGGUCACACCAAAGACCGGCUGAAGCAGUGUGCCUUCUGUUACCAUGGUGACGAGCCUUCUCUGGGCCAGGGGCGCCUGGUGGUGUUUGGCCCGACGCCCGGCUACAUCCCGCUCCACAUCCUCAACCGCCGCGCCUCCUCUGACCGAGACAACGACUGCCACGAUCACUGCUACCGCGGCAGCCAAGCCCCGCCCACGUGCUGCAGUCCAGAACAGUGUGAGUCUUCCUUAGAGUUCCUUAAGCAGCUCGGACCUAUCGGCCUUCCUCAUGACAUCGAUGUCCAAUCACUGUUUGACCCCACAGGUCAGUGCUGUGCUCACCUGCAGUGUGCUGCCUGGUCAGAGGGGGUGUGUCGAGGCGAGGGCCAAUCACUGCUCUACGUGGACAAAGCCAUCGACUCAGGAAGCACACAGGUAUGUGCGUUCUGCCGGCGACUUGGCGCAUCGCUGCGUUGCCAGGAGACGGACUGUGGGCGGUGCUACCACUUCCCCUGUGCUGCUGCUGCUGGAGCCCUUCUGGACUGGAACCAGAGACGCACACUGUGUACAAGACACGCGCACACAGGGUCAUCGCCGCCCUGCGUUGUCUGCUCCAGCGCUGGUGAGCUUGGCAGCCUGGUAAUGUGCUGUUGUUGUGGCAACCGUUACCAUGGCAGCUGCCUGAACCCCUCUGUGGCACCCUCCCCUCUCUGCCGGGCUGGAUGGCAGUGUCCUCUGUGUCGAGUGUGUCAGAGCUGCAGGCUGCGAGGGGAUGAAGGUGUGUUAUUGGUGUGUGAGUGCUGUGAUAAAGCUUACCACUCACACUGUCUCACACCACCUCUGGAUCACACACCAAGCACUGGCUGGAGCUGCAAGAACUGCAGAGUCUGCCGCCGUUGUGAUGUGAGAUCAUCAGGCCAGUGGGCCAAUCACCCGUUUCUGUGUGAGUCAUGUGAUCCAGUCUUGCCCUGCCCUCUCUGUGGCCACGCCCCCGACCUCUACGCACCACAGGACUAUGUGACCUGUAUCUGCUGCUAUAGGUGUGUCCAUACAGAGUGCAUCAUCCAGGCCGGGGAGGGUACAGUGGGGUCUGAAGGUUACAUCUGCUCCACCUGCAGACCUCAACAGGAGACGCCAAUCCCACACAGUCCCACCCUGGCACCAGCUCCUGCCCUUAGCCCCAUACAGGCUCCAUCCAGUAGCAUUCCACAGCCAUCAGUCUCAAAACACAGAGAUGCUCCACCCAUCAGUCCUGGUGAUCAUAACCCAGUCCAGCUCGUCUGUUCAGAGCCGCCAGAGAGUCCUACCAAGGCCAUUAGUGCAGCAUCACCACCAAGUCUAUCAUCUCAUCCUGAUGAUCUCCGACAAAGUCCAACACCAUCUCACCCUGAGCCCCAACAGAAGUUUAUACUCUCUCAUCUGGACUCAGAGGAGCUCUUAAAGAAUCCUCCAUCAAUUCUCCCUGGGUCCAAAGAGCUCCAGCAAAGUCCUACAUUGUCUCACCCUGAGAUCACAGAGCUCCUGCAGAAUUCUUUACCAUCUCAUCCUGAAGCCACGGAGAGACAACAGAGAUCUUCACCAAUUCUCCUGGAGUCCACAGAGCUCCAACAGAAUCCUGUACCAUCUCAUUCUGAAGCCAUGGAGAGACAAGAGAGAUCUCCACUAGUUCUCCCUGAGUCCACAGAGCUCCAAGAAAAGUCUGUACCAUCUCAUCCUGACCUCCAACAGAGGAGUCAAGUUAUUUUCUCUGAGUCCACAGAGCUCCAGGAAGGUUUGGUACCAUUUCACCCUGAUUCCACUAAGCCCCCACAAAGUCCCACACCAUCUCUCAAAGUGCUCCUAAAAAGUUCACCAUGUGUCACAGAGUUAGAACAGAGUUCUUUACCAUGUCACCCUGAUGCCAUAGAGCUCCAACAAAGUCCUCCACCAUCUUUGACAGAGCUCCAAAAAAGCCCACUUCUAUCCCCUGAAGAGCUCCAACAGAGUUCUUUAACAUCUAGCCCUGUUACCAAGGACCUCCAACGAAGUUCUUCACCAUCUCCUAAAGAGCUCUCACAAAGUCCUGCACCAUCUUCCAAAGAGCGCCCACACAGUUCUCCUCUAUAUGAUUCUACAGAGCUCCAUCAAAGUCCUCUGCCAUCUGAUUCUACAGAGCUCCAUCAGAGUCCUCUGCCAUCUGAUUCUACAGAGCUCCAUCAGAGUCCUCUGCCAUCUGAUUCUACAGAGCUCCAUCAGAGUCCUCUGCUAUCUGAUUCUACAGAGCUCCAUCAGAGUCCUCUGCCAUCUGAUUCUACAGAGCUCCAUCAAAGUCCCCCGCCAUCUGAUUCUACAGAGCUCCAUCAAAGUCCUCCUCCAUCUGAUUCUACAGAGCUCCAUCAAAGUCCUCCGCCAUCUGAUUCUACAGAGCUCCAUCAAAGUCCUCCGCUAUCUGAUUCUACAGAGCUCCAUCAAAGUCCCCCCGCCCUGAUUCUACAGAGCUCCAUCAAAGUCCUCCGCCAUCUGAUUCUACAGAGCUCCAUCAAAGUCCCCCGCCAUCUGAUUCUACAGAGCUCCAUCAAAGUCCCCCCGCCAUCUGAUUCUACAGAGCUCCAUCAAAGUCCUCCGCCAUCUGAUUCUACAGAGUUCCACCAGAGUCUCCCGCCAUCUGAUUCUACAGAGCUCCAUCAAAGUCCUCCACCAUCUCCCAAAGAGCUCUCAGAAAGUCCUGCAACAUUAUACCCUGCUUCCAUGGAGCUCCAACAAAGUUCAUCAUCAUCUCUCACAGAAUGCCAACAAGUCCUGCACCAUCUCCCAAAGAGCUCUCACAAAGUCCCUGCACCAUCUCCCAAAGAGCUCUCACAAAGUCCUGCACCAUCUCCCAAAGAGCUCUAUCAAAGUCCUGCACCAUCUCCCAAAGAGCUCUCACAAAGUCCUGCACCAUCUCCCAAAGAGCUCUCACAAAAUCCUGCACCAUCUCCCAAAGAGCUCUCACAAAGUCCUGCACCAUCUCCCAAAGAGCUCUCACAAAGUCCUGCACCAUCUCCCAAAGGGCUCUCACAAAGUCCCCCGCCAUCUGAUUCUACACAGCUCCAUCAGAGUCCUCUGCCAUCUGAUUCUACACAGCUCCAUCAGAGUCCUCUGCCAUCUGAUUCUACACAGCUCCAUCAGAGUCCUCCGCCAUCUGAUUCUACACAGCUCCAUCAGAGUCCUCCGCCAUCUGAUUCUACACAGCUCCAUCAGAGUCCUCCACCAUCUCCCAAAGAGCUCUCAGAAAGUCCUGCAACAUUAUACCCUGAUUCCAUGGAGCUCCAACAAAGUUCAUCAUCAUCUCUCACAGAAUGCCAACAAAGUCCUGCACGUUCUCCCAAAGAGCUCCCACAAAUUUGUGCACCACCUCACCCUAUUUCCAUGGCUCUUCAACCAAAUUCCUUACAAACUGAAGAAUUCAGAUGGCCUGAACCAUCUUGCUCUGAAAACAUGGAGCUUCAGCAAGGUCCUCUAUCACCUCCCACAGAGAUCCAGCAAAGUUGCUCAUCACCUUCAGCAGAGUACCAACAAAUUCCUGCGCUGUCUCACACAAAUUCCACAGAGGUCCCACGCAAUGCACCAUCUCCCAAGAAGCUCCUGCAUAGUCCUGCACCAUCUUACACUGAUUCCUUGAAGAUCCAAAAAAGUCCUGCACCUUUGACUGCAGACCUCCCACACAGUCCUCAGCCAUCUGUCUCAGAGCUCCAACAGAGUCCUGUACUUUCCCAACCUGAUCUCAUGGAGCACCAACAGAAUGUUGCACUUUUGACUACACCUUCUGUCAUGAAACUCCAGCCAUCUCAGCCUAGUCCCACAAUAUCUCCUACUCAUCAAGAAGAGCUCGAGCAAAGUCCAAUUCCAUCUCAUCCCGAUUCCACAGAGUUUAGAAUAAGCUCCUCACCGUCUUGUCCUAAUCUUGUAGAGGUCCAUGAAGGUUGCUCACUUUCCCACCUGGAUUCCCUGCAUUACCAGAAAAGCUGCACCCCAUUGCAUCUUCAUCAAAAGCUUGCACAGUCUCACUCUGGUCCAACAGAAUUCGAGAAAAGUCCUACGCAGAAUUCCACAAAGGAUCAGCUUAUGGACACAGAAUCUCAGCAGAGUCCAAUACAGGGUAGUCCCAUGGCCUGCACACCUGCACAUUCUCCACACAGCCCUCCACCUCCUAGUCCUACCCAGCCAGCGUUUAAUUCUACCAGGGUGGAGCUGGGGACAGAGGAGCCUCAGCACGGCCUUCCACCACAUAGUCCUGCACAGGACAAUGCUAUGCAGUUCAGCGUGUCAUGUAGUCAGACGAACAUCGUCAUCUCACAGCCGCAGCACAGUCCUCCACAAAGAGACCGUAGUCCUAUGUCACAUAGUCCUGUACAGGUUGGCACAUCACGUCCUUGGAGCCCCUUGCAGGAUACUGAACCUACACUGGACCAGGAGAGCCCUGGAUUGAACAGCCCUGCUCAUAUGCAGUAUGGGGAAGUACAGGACACGUCUACACUGGACCAGGAUCUCUCAUCAGCAAGAAGACAUGCCUCAGCUCCAUGUAGCCCAUCAUCACCACCAGUCAGACCCAGACAGUAUAGUCUGUCCCAGCCUACUAGCCCAGUACAGGCCAGCUCUGCUCAGGCUCCUAGAUCUGCACAGCUUAGUUUGCAUCCUUUAGAGCUUGCUGCAUGUUCAACAGUCUCACAGGAGGCCAAUGAUCCCACAGAACCUGAGUCUUUGAAGCAUAGUCCUGUGCAAAAGAGUUCUAACCCUGAUGCCCAAACACUGGAAAGUAGCCCUCUUCCCCUUAACGCCACCUCUGACCUGGCCACAGAGCCCUCUGAAAGUAGCAUGCUCAGUCCUGAUCAUUCCAGUCCCCCUCAUAUCCUGGAUCUCCAGACACCAGAAAGCCUUGUUCACGAUAGCACUUCAGCCAAACACAGUAGCCUAGCUUGUUCACCUUGUGCCGGUGAAAUGGAGGAGGCUUCUCCCCCAGCUAGCCAAAUUUAUCAAAGUCCUCACAACAGCUCAUCAUUCAUGGAAGCUGUUGAAAAAGCUAGCCCCACACAUAUCCCAGCCAGCUCAGCUUGUGCUAGCCCCACUCAUGCUUGCCAGAUGCCUACAAGCACAGCCAUGUGUCUUGAAGGCCAUGCUAGCCCUGUGCCCAUGGAGAGGAGCCCCUCAGAAGUACUGGCUGUACCCAUUCACCUCGUCCCAUGUCAGGAUGAGGAGCUGGAGGAAUUUGUCGUUCAGCCAAGUAAUGGCAUUCAGUCAGAACCAAGUCCCAGUCACCCUGACAGUCCUCACGCUGGACCAGGCUACCCAGAAGCUAACAGUGACUUUGUUCUGGCAGGUUUUGAGCAUGCUCAGGAGACGGUGAAUCCCACUAGUCAGUCAAGUCAUAUCCAGACUCCCUGCAGUCCUUUCGACCUGGCUGCAGGACAGCAGCCGAGCCCUCCCCCAGCUUCUGCUAGCUCAAGUCCUCCACACUGUAGACUGAGUGAUACCGGCCUAGAAAGGGGCCCUGUUAGCCUCAGUGCUGAAACAAGUCCCCGCUCUGCUAGUGUAGCUGAUGUUCAUAUCAUUCACAGCCCAACUAGUCCUGCAGGUCAGGCUAGUUCUGUUCAUGUAGUAGUAGCUCACUCAGGCCCAGUGCAGACACAGACAUCCUCAUUAGCUAGCACGACUCUCAGCAGCCCCGCACAUGCUGUUGUUGCCAGUGUUAGCCCACCUCACAGUCCAGCUCCUGACACUGGAAGCAGUACUAGCCUUACUGGGGCACCACUGAGCUCCACUAGUCCUGAUGUGGACAUGGUUGGCAGUCCUAUAAACCAGAGCUCUGCUCUUCCCAGUGUGGUUCAGAUUGAUAUGGGUGUUGAUGAACCUACAGACUGUAUAAGGCAAACAAGUCCAACACCUACUGUUUCUGUACCUGACAAUUCAGGUGCUGUUAGCCCCAGCCAGACUAGUCUGAGCCAGGUCAGCCAUUCCCCAACUGCUCCUGCACCAGCCCCCAAAGAAAGCCACCAAUGCACUGCCUCGCCAAGCCCCUUGUAUCAAAGCCCACAAUCCCCCGCUGAUGCUACUUACACUCAGGCCAGUCCAAGUCCUGCUAGCCCUGUCCAUACUAGUCCUACUCAGGAUAACACUUCGAUGCCUAGCUCAAGCCACCCUAGUGAAGCACCUCUUAGUCCCGCAUGCCCCACCCCCUCACAGGUUAGCCCUUCUCACACAGUCUCUUUUGACACUCUGCAGGUUCAAAGUAGCCCCUCGCACAGCAUCCUGGUUCCAGUUUCUGUUUGUGUUCAUGUGGAUCCAGGCUUUAAACAGACCACCACAGAUCUAGGUCUCGAGAGUCCUGUACAGGCAGAACCUGGUCCAGGUCCCGAGAGUCCUGUGCAGGCGGAACCAAUUCGUAGUCCUGGUCCUGCUAGCCUGUUCCACUGUGAAGUUAGUCCUGCUUGUGAUCCUGUUAACUCUGCUCAUUCUAUAACCAGGCCAAAUCCUGGUUCUGCUGGUCCUGGUCCUGAAGGGAUCUCUGAUGCUACCGUGGACACCAUGAGCACAGAGGAGGAGCAGAGGAAGAGUCAUGAGGAGCAGCAGGAGGAACAGCCUGAACAGACAUCAGAGAGCCCGGAAGAGGAGCCUGCAGAUGGCACUGAGGGAGGAGAAGAACGAGGUCAGGAGGAUCAGCAAAGGAGCACCAACAGUCCUACAGGAUUCCAGGUGACUCAGCACCCAGCCUCCUUCGUCCCCCCGCUGCAACCUUCGUCCUCCCCCCUUCCCUCACCACCUCUUCCUCUGGGAGCCAGCUCCCUGGAGGCCUCCCCUCCUCUUUGCACCCAGCCCACCCUUCUAGAGGACCUCUCCCAAGAUGAUGAGCCCACCAGUGACAUUGGACCGACAGUGGGGCUGAAAGAUCUAACACCUCUCUGUCAUGUGACAUCAGAGGGUGAUGGGGACACAUCACAGAGCCUGUUUGAAUCUGCUGCUCUGGCAACAGAACCCACCAAAGAUGAGCAUCAAUUACACUCUGAGCCCUCACAGGAGGAGGAGGAGGAGGAGCUUCCUGAAAUGGUGCAGCAGUCAGACAGUCAGCCAAUCACUGAGGAGCAGGAGGAGCAGUCAGACGUGGAGGAGGAGCCAGUGAGCCCCGUGCUGGACUUGGACCCCUCUUUAGACCGGGAGGUGAUGGAGCUGAUGACCUCAUCGCCUCCCCCCUCCCUCCUACACCUGUCCUCUCCCACCUCACCGGUACCCCCACGCAGAGGGAAGGGUCGUUCUCUAAGGCCUCCUCCCUGCUCACCUCGGCUGUCUGAUGACCUCGCCAUUCGCCUCAGGCAGUCUCCCUUCUCCACCGAGGCCUCCCCCGAGACCUCCCCCGCCAGAGCACCUGUCACGCCGCCACCGCUCACCCCACCCUCACCUUCACUCAGGACUUCCCCUGCUGUUAGAGAGCCUCCACUUCUCUCCAAGCCUCAGGCUCCUCUCACCACUAUACUCCCCUUCACCCAAAAGAUCGGCAUGGGGAAGCCCGCCAUCUCUAAGAGGAGAUUCUCCCCCGGCAGAGCCCGGGUCAAACAGGGCUCGUGUUGGAGUAAUCGCAGGGCGGUCAGCCCCCCCUCGUCCUCCCAGGAUUCCACGGGGGAGGGAGGGUGGGACAGCCCUAAACACCGCCCACAAGACUCCGCGCUCUGGAGCAUGAGAGUGGGUCGUGGUUCUGGGUUUCCGGGCAGGAGGAGGUCCAGAGGCGGGGGCAUUGGAGGAAGAGGAGGUAGAGGAAGGAGCCGGAUGAAGACUCAGGACAGUGUGACUGUGUCACCAGGAAGUGGCUAUGUGGAGGUGUUCCCGGCGAAGGAAGAUGAGGAGAACUCGAUGCACAACACGGUGGUGAUGUUCUCCACAUCAGACCACUUCACCCUCAGACAGGACAUGUGUGUGGUGUGCGGCAGUUUCGGGCAGGGAGCUGAAGGCCGACUGUUGGCGUGCUCUCAGUGUGGACAGUGUUACCAUCCCUACUGUGUCAACGUUAAGAUCACUCGGGUGAUCCUGAACAAGGGGUGGCGCUGUUUGGAGUGCACGGUGUGCGAGGCAUGCGGCGAGGCCAGCGACCCCGGGCGACUGUUGCUAUGUGACGACUGUGACAUCAGUUACCACACCUACUGCCUUGACCCGCCCCUCCUCACAGUGCCUAAAGGAGCCUGGAAAUGCAAAUGGUGUGUGUGGUGCGUCCAGUGUGGCUCCGCCUCCCCCGGGCUGCACUGUGAGUGGCAGAGCAACUACAGCCUGUGUGGGCCGUGCUGCAGCCUGAGCCGCUGUCCCGUCUGUCAGCGAGCGUACAUGCAGGACGACCUCAUCCUGCAGUGCCAGCAGUGCGACAGGUGGGUCCACGCUGUGUGUCAGGGUCUGACCACUGAGGAUGAUGUGGAAGUUGCUGCUGAUGAAGGAUUUGACUGUUCGCUGUGCAGAACACACGGCCGCAGCCCUACGGUCAGACUCAUUGGUCCCUACAUGGCUCAGGUCAUCACCAGGAUCAUAGAACCCGACUCAAAGACGUACACUCAGGACGGAGUCUGCCUGACCGAAUCGGGCCUGUCUCACCUGCAGUCUCUGGUCGAACCGCUGACAUCGCCGCGCAGGUGGCGCAGGUGUAAACCCAAACUGAAGCUGAGGAUCAUCAACCAGAACAGCGUGUCUGUCCUGCAGACCCCAACUGACCCCGACCCCGUCACCGAGCCAGACCACAGCAGAGGUCAGUCGCACUCGCCCCCUGAGCGAGACCACGUCCAGAUGAGUGACAUCACCAAGGAGCCCCGAUGUUGUGAUGGCAACAAGAAGAGGAAACGGAAGCCCUACAGGCCAGGUAUCGGCGGGUUCAUGGUGCGUCAGCGCGGAGCAAAGGCAGGGGCGGGCCAGAGCCGCAUCAAGCUGUGCAGGAAGGAUUCGACAGACACGCUGCUGGGCCGAGACGAAGAUGUUGCCAUGGAGAUGGUUCCCGCUGCCACCGACCAAACAAUGGAGAAGGCGAAGAAGAGGUACAGGAAGAAGAAGUCAAAACUGGAGGAGACCUUCCCGUCUUACCUGCAGGAGGCCUUUUUUGGGCGAGAUCUUCUGGACCGGAGUCGACAGCUGGACAAGGGGGCGGGACCUGGGCCAUCCGGCAGCAGCCAAUCAAGAGCAGUGACAGGUGAAGUGAAAGGCCCCACCUCUGGAUUGCACGGCCCCUCCCCCUCCGGAGCCAACAGAAAGGCGGGAACGCUGCCCGGGUCAGACGAUGCUCUUGUGGAUCUAUCUGACGUCCUGAACACUGACCCUCACAUCCUCGCCACGGGACAACACGGUCAGUUCCAGGUGGAGCGCUCCCCUUCUCCAUUUGCAGGUCUGGACAUCAGCAACGUGGCAGACGACCCCUCUUUGACCUCUGAACCGACAGGAAACGGUGGACGUGUCCAGAGGGCGGUGCAGGAGGAGCCUCUGGAUGCCAUCUUGAGUCCUGAGCUUGAUAAGAUGGUCACUGAUGGUGCCAUCCUCAGCAAGCUCUACAAGAUCCCAGAGCUGGAGGGCAAGGAUGUAGAGGAGGUCUUCACUGCUGUUCUCAGUCCAGACAGCAGCAACAGCCAAUCAGAGCAGAGCCAGCACACACACAUUGCUGCUGUGAACAAGACACACAGCACAGCUGCGGUGUUUCCUCGCCUCCCACUGAUGAACGGCCUCGCGCCAGCCACUCUUCCCAUGAUGCCCAGCAGCGUCCAGGGUCUGGCCGGCUUUAGGGUGCCUCCUCAUGAAGGCCCCGCUCCAAUUCAGGGUCCCACCCCUGCAUUGGCUCCAGCCAAUCAGCAGGCUCCAGCAGGAGAGGGCGAGCAGGACACGCUGUCGACAGCUCAGAGGAGCAUGUUGAAGUGGGAGAAGGAGGAGAGUCUGGGUGAGAUGGCCACCGUCGCGCCGGUGCUCUACUGCAACACCAACUUCCCCCACCUGAGGCAGCAGUACCCGGACUGGUCCACCAGAGUGAAGCAGAUCACCAAGCUGGGGAGGAAGGCCAGCGCUCGAGGACCGAGCGCCCUACCAAAAAAGCUCGGGGACAAUCGAGCGGCUCAGCGCAUCAGCAAAGUGCAGCUGUCCAACGACCCGCUCAAACGCCACCAGCCCGCACAGCAGCAGCCGCCUGCACCGCCGGGGACCCUUGACUCAGUUUCCAUGGAGGCGGAGAUGCCUUUCAAGGACCCGCUGAGGCCCAAAGAGUCAGAGGCAGAGCAGGAGUGGAAGUUCAGACAGCAAAUGCGUCAGAAGAGCAAGCAGCUCGCCAAGAUGGAGGCCACUCAGAAGCUGGAGCAGGUGAAGAACGAACAGCGGCAGCAGCAGCAGCUCUUAGCCAACCAGCGCCUCUCGGGCCACCUGUCCCCUGAAACUGGCAGCCGCAGCCCUGUGACCCCGGGGGGCAGCGCCUCCCCUCUGCACCAGCCAGGUUCUAGGGAGGGCCAGCCCAGGCAGCACCUCCUACAGGGGAGCUCUGGACUGGCUGACGACGUCUUCCUCAGGCCACAAGCACCUCCCCCUUCUGGCUUCUCUUCGCUCCCUCACUCCCCACAUCCCACCUCCCCUCUCCACCAACCACCAUCCUCCCCCCAGAUGUUCUCCCCCCCCUCCCGCCCCUCUUCACCCUGGGACCCUUACAGUAAGGUUGUAGGAACUCCUCGCCCAUCCUCCGCCCAGCCUGGAGGCCCCCAGCAGCAGCAUCGCAGCUCCCUUGGCUCCCCAGCCCACGAUUCCAUAGGUUCCCCUGCACCAUCCCCUGACUCCAAAGCAUCUGACGUCUCCAGGAGCCUCGGCCCCCAACCAGGGCUGCAGCAGAACAGACCCGGGAUGAUGAGCCCCACCUCUGGCUCCACCUCUGAGCCUUCAGUCAGACAUGCCGGCAUCCGAGUGGCUGAAACCUACCAGAGGACGAAUGUCCGAGUUACUGGGCCCGAGUCAUGUAGUCGGGUCGGUGAACUGGCUCAGGGUGGCCUGUUUAAAGCCCCCAUGCCCCCUCAACAGGAGGUAUUUGGCAGCACAGGAGGAGGGAGGAGGGACCUGUCCAGGCCCACUGACCUGGGUUUUGUCCCCCCUCCGUCACAGGAGCCUCCCUUCCCCUCCAGCCCGCUGUCAGGACUGGGCUCCCCCCACCGCAGCCCCUACUCCCAAACGCCCAGCACACCACGACCAGAGUACAGUCAACCGAUCCCCGACCCCUUCGCCCAGCAGUCACCUCUGGCCUCUCGACCCUCUCCAGACCCCUACACCAACCCACAGACCCCUGGUACUCCGCGGCCACACUCGGACCCCACAUACCUCACCACACCAACCGCACUGAGACUGGAUCAAUACAACCAGCAGUCUGUGAGCCGACGUCCCUCCCCCUCUCACUCAACUUUUGAUCCCUAUGCCUCCAAUCCAGGCACACCCCGCCCCUCUGUCACAGAGCACUUCCCCCGAUCGCCGGGGAGUCAGCGGCCCACCGACCCCUACGCACAGCCUGCAGGGACACCGCGACCCUCACCGGAUCCCUACGCCCAGCAGCCCUCCACGCCGCGGCCCCAGAAGGCCCACGAGCCUUUCAGCCAGAUCCCAGUAGAGAGCUUUGCUCCUCAACCUGCAAGUUCUGCUUCAUCCCCCCUGGCUCCGGGAGAACCGGCGACCUUCACCCCAACCCCCCACCAGCAGUCUCCAGGAAGACAACAGCAGGACUCAUUUCCCAGAACCCCCAGCAGCCAGACCCCAAAGCACACUGGGAUGUCAGAGGAAGGUGGCUUUUCUGCUUUGGCCAGUCACACUCCGGGUCAUGACCCCUUUGAGCAGGGUCAUGUGACACUCGGCCCAUCGCAGACCGACAAGACAGCAACCAAUGAAAUAUCUUCCUCUUUAGAUGGACCAAUGAGCAUGAUGCCUCAGCUUGGUGACUCGGAGGAGAAGCUGAGACAGCGUCAGCGGCUUCGGCAGCUCAUCCUGAGGCAGCAGCAGCAGAAGAGUGCGUUACGGCAGGAGAAAGGUCUGCAGGAACCAGCAGCACCCCCGACUGCUCCAACCGGCCCCUCCCCUGGCUCUGUCACACCUCUUCACAGCUGGCCCCAGGAAGACUCCUCCAACACCUGCACUCCUCCUGUCCAGACAGACCCGUUUGGCCGCCCUCCGCCCCCAUACCCUGGCACGGUGCGGCCUGCUGGGACUCCAGCCCUGAGAUUCCCUAGAGGUUUCCCAGGAGAGCAGCAGAGGGUUUUCACGCCAAGUGAGGCUUCUUUCCCCAGGCAGAGCCUCCCCAGAGAGCUGGGUGUCCGAGGACCGGCCCCGAGGCUUGGAGGCCCUCCUGGAGUUCCAACAGGCCUCCAGGAGCCUUUCCUGCAUGUGGCCCAGGGAUCAACACCUGCCUCUGGGCUCAGUGCAAUGGAGGGAGUUCCUGUCCAGAUGAGGAGGCCAGGGGACUUCACUGCCAUCCGACCGCUCGGGAAUCCCAGUGCUCACCCGCAUGUGAUGCAAGGUGCUCCCCAGCCCUUCCUCCCUCGCUCUCUGCCCAUUCAGCAGCACAGCAUCAUGGGACAGCCUUACAUUGAGCUUCGACAUCGUGCUCCAGAGAACCGCUUGAGGCUGCUCUUCUCUGUUCCUUCAGCCCCAGGCCCCGAGGCUCCUCUGCUGCACCCCAAGGACCCCCAGCCACCUGCCAUCAGACCCGGUCCUGGGGUCAGGAUGGGUGAUGCGCUAAUGGGCCAGCAGAUAAUGAUGUCGGGCAGCGUGGAUCAGCUGAACCAGCAGGAACACCAGCACCUUGGUCACACGGUGGUGCUAACUCAGAGCGGCGAGCCAGCGCUCCCAGGAGCUGAUGGAAUCGAGGAGCACCUGGAAGGGGAGGACUCAGCUGUGAAGGAUUUGGAGGACGUGGAGGUGAAGGAUCUGGUUGACCUCAACCUGAACCUCGACCCUGAAGAUGGUAAAGAAGACCUGGAUCUGGGUCCUAAUGACCUCCACCUCGAUGAUUUCCUGCUGUCCGGGAAAUUUGACCUGAUCGCCUAUGCCGACCCCGAGCUUAACCUGGAGGACAAGAAGGACAUGUUUAAUGAGGAGUUGGACCUCAGUGAGCAUGUCGAGGAGAAGGAGGGUGGAGAGAGGAAGGAUGGCCCUGGUGGCUCCAGAAAGACUGACAGCAACUCCCACCUGGUAGGACAGGUCAAACAGGAAGUGAAGGACAACAGCAAGAUGGAGGCAGUCGUUGCCACCAGCAGACCCUCAGGAGCUCCAGGACCUGAUGCUGCAGUUUCUUCUGCCCACCUCACCAAGGACAAGCUGGAGGAUUCUGGUUCUGUUUCAGGGGCUUUGCCAGCCCUCCAGGCUCAGGAGCAGGUGCCAUCCACGGGCAUGGCACCCAGAGUUCAGCCCCAUGUGACUGCAGGACAACAGUCUGUCUUCCAGCAGCAGCAGAGACCUUUUGGACCCCCCUCCUCCUCCUCAGCACUCCUCACCUCCCACCCUCAGGCUGUCUCAGUGUCUCCUCACUCAAGUCUGCCUCCUCAGGGCCCCCAAGCCCCACCUCACCCCUCUCUCGCCAGCCCCCUCAGCCACACUUGCUCCUUAACCCCCAGACCCAGCCCCGCUUCUUGGGGACCUCCGCACAAAGCCAGAGCAGACCCAAGGUUACCUUCCUCAGAACCAGAUGCAGAACCUAAACAACAUAGGCCUCUGCUCCUGGAGGAGCAGCCACUUCUUUUGCAGGACCUCCUGGAUCAAGAGCGCCAGGAGCAGCAGCAGCAGAAACAGAUGCAGGUCUGAUCAGACAACGCUCCACCACAGACUCAGCGUUCCCCCAGUGUGGACUUUGACUCAAUUUCAGACCCCAUCAUGAAGGCUAAGAUGGUGGCUUUGAAAGGCAUCAACAAAGUGAUGACUCAGGGAAACCUCGCUCUGAGCCCCGUGGUCGUCAACAGGUUCCCACAGGCUCCAGGAGCCCCGGUCCCUGAGGGCCCACCUCAGCCUGCACACCUCGUCGGACAGGACGGGAAGCUGAACACUCAACUGGUGCGACCCAACCCCCCAAGCUUCGGCCCCGGCUUUGUCAAUGAUUCCCAGCGGAGGCAGUAUGAGGAGUGGCUGGGGGAGACGCAGCAGCUGCUGCAAAUGCAGCAGCGCCUCCUGGAGGACCAGAUCGCCGCCCACCGCAAGACCAAGAAGGCUCUGUCUGCCAAACAGAGAACGGCCAAGAAGGCGGGCCGAGCCUUUGGCGAGGAGGACGCGGCCCAGCUCCGCUACAUCAGCGAGCAGCAGGGGUUGGUCCAGAAACAGCUGGAGCAGAUCCGGAAGCAGCAGAAGGACCACGCCGAGCUCAUUGAUGACUACCGGACCAAACAUCCUCAGAGAGGUCUACAGCAGCAGCCGGCGCCUCCCCUCCCUCAGAACCUGCUUGCCCAGCCCAUUGUGCCCAUGCAGGCCCACCCAGGCGGCCCCGUGCCACCCCGCCCCCCAAACGUACCUCCUGGUUGGACCCCAGGGGGUGGGGCUCCAGGGGUGGUGGGGCAGAGGAUGCCACCUCAUCUGCCCCCUCAAAUCCCUGCUGGCCUGCCUAACACUCCCAAGUACCCCCACCAACCCCAGACCCCCUCUGCCAUGGUGUCCGGCCUCAAAGCUCCAACAGCAGGCUUCUCUGCUGGCCCUCGGGGCCCCACAGGAGGUCCCAAUGGAGCCACUGGGGACGGAGCUGCCUCCGCGCCUCAGGUCAAGUUUGAUGACAACAACCCAUUCAGUGAGGGUUUCCAGGAGAGGGAGAGGAGGGAGAGGCUGAGGGAGCAGCAGGAGCGGCAGCGAGUUCAGCUCAUGCAGGAGGUGGAGCGCCACCGUGCCCUCCAGCAGAGGCUGGAGCUUGAGCAUCAGGGCCUCCUGGGGGCCUCCAUGCCUCCAGCUGGAACUCCAUCGGGGCCUCGGGUCGGACCAACAGCAGGACCGGUUCCUGGAGCAGGGUCGGCACCUGCCCCCGGAGGCGACACUCUGUCCCAGAUGCCCUUCUUCAGCUCUGAGCUACCUCAAGACUUUCUCCAGUCUCCCCAAACCUCCAGACCUCCACCUCAGCUCCAGGGCCAGGUGGGAGCGCUGUUUCCCCAGCAGGCAGGCCUCCAACAGGGCUUCACAGCAGGGCCACUACACCCUGGAGCCCACCCAGCUCCAGCAGAGCAAAGCAAGGUCCUGCCAGACCAUGGACCCCCCAUGAAUGUGGUUACUUGCAACACCAGGCCGAGGCUCCCUGGCCUCACAGGACCUUCAGCUCAAGGACAGACACGCCCAGCCGGGAUAGGAGCUGCAGGAAUGACCCUCUCCCAUCCAGCAGGGCAGGGUCAUCUAUUUGGACACGACUCCUCCUCUUCUUCCCCCUCAACCCCCCUAGCACAAUCUUUUCCCUGCUCCUCCUCUGGAGGCCCCACCUCCCUCAUCCAGCUCUACUCUGACAUCAUCCCUGAUGACAAACUAAACAAGAAAAGGAGCAGGAAGAGGGAUGGAGAGGACACCACGGGAGGGGGAGGGGCCAGGACACCACUAUCUUCUCACUCUGAUGACCUCACUGGCCCACCCACCCCUGCUGUGUCAGACACCGCAUGCUCCACACCCACCUUUGGCAGCAUGGACCAAUCAGACAUGUCCUUUCCUCAGAGCUCCUCCCUCUCUGGUCUGGCCCCGUUGUCAGAGCUGGAGAGGCGGCUGUCAGUCUUCUCUGCAGCACAGCAGAGAGCCUCCGGUCUGGGCAUGGAUGGUCAGAGGGGGCCCCUGUCUGCAGCUCGCCAGGAGGUCAAGGAGGAGCGUGAGGAGGGCAGAGCCUGUGGAGCAGGUGUGGUGAAGAUGGAGGAGGGAGGGGGUGAGCCGUUCUCCCCUCCCUCUCCUCAUCAGGGAGGAGACGCAGGAAAGGAGCUUCUCAGACACCUGCUGCGGGACAAGGCCUCCCCCUCCAACACGCCAUCGCCCACUGCCCUGGCCCCGCCCACUGCCCGACGACAGCUGUCCAGUGAUAGUGUCCGGUCUGAAGAGGAUGAUGCAGCUGGUUCCCAUGGCAACAUGGUGGCGAGGGACGGCCCCGCUUCAGACCUGCUGGACCCCUUUGGCAGGAAGAAGGCGCAGCGCUGCAAGAAACCGGCCCGAACCGACAAAGACAAAGCUCCUCCCAAAUGCAAGAGGAGGAAGAAGGAGGAGGAAGAGAAGGUGCUCCAUUCCUGCUCCACCUCCUCUUCAUCUGACCCGCUGGUGACACACCUCAGACAGCUGGCAGUACUGCCCCUCAUGGAGCCCGUCCUGGGGGUGGAUCUCAGUCUGUUCCCCCCAUACGGCAGCUCCUCUCUGGGCCGAGACUCCAGGCUGAGCGGCUCCUUCGGCAGCGCCUGCCUGGACGGAGUCUCUGACUACUACUCCCAGCUCAUAUAUAAGCAGAACAAUCUCAGUAACCCCCCCACGCCUCCGGCCUCCCUGCCCCCCACACCUCCGCCUGUUGCCAGGCAGAAACUGGUGAAUGGCUUCGCCACGACGGAGGAGCUGGCCAGGAAGGACAUCAACGAGCAGGAGGUGAAAGGAGCAUCGGCUCUGAAGCAGACAGGGGAGGAGCUUCUCGGUUUAAACCACGCCUCCAAGACGGUAGAUGUGCCUGCCUCCCUUCCAACCCCACCCCACAACAACCAGGAGGAGCUCAGGGUCCAGGACUCACCAGAGCGCGACAGCCCCGACAGCUACGUCCCAUCAUCCUCUCCAGAGAGUGUGGCAGACAUGGAGGUCAGCAGGUACCCCGACCUGUCCUUCAUCAAGCUGGAGCCUCCCUCACCGUGCCCGUCGCCUACACUACCCAUGAUGCCCUGUGCCUGGGGGAAAGGCUCUGCAGUCAAACAGGAAGUGAAGACUGAGCCAAACCGUCAGGGUCUUCCUUCCUGCUCGAACACAGACCUGGUUACCAUAGCGAUAACCCUGAACCCUGUUGCAGCUCAGAACGUUCCUGGUGUGAUGGCAGCAGUGGCGGAGCUGCUGCGGGUCACCGUCCCCCUGGACUACCAGCUGAGCCGAGCGUCCGGCCCCGAGCAGAGCUCUCUGGCCCUGCUGGCCGGUGUGCAGGUGCCGCUCAUGCAGGGUUCAACCGGUGCCAAACAGAGAGCCGCCGCCAGCGCUGUGAGCACAGGUGUCAGGAUGGACUUGAGCCAGCAGGGCAGCACUGCCACCACCACCAGGCCUCAGUGCUGCAGCUACUGCAAGGUGCUGCUGGGAAACGGAGAGCACAUCGUCAGGGAGCUCAAACAGGAGGGUCAGUCUGGACCGGGAUCCAGCCUGCUGUUCUGCAGUCCAAACUGUUCCACCCUCUACAUGAGCGACCUCCAGAGCAGGUCUGCAGGUAUCAAGUCUGCAGUUCCCGUCCUGCUGUCCAGCUCUGAGCGCUCCGCUCCCAGCAGGGUGCAGCACCAGUACAGCAACAACAUGUCCUCCAUUGCUGUCCACUCCCUACCCCACACUUCCUCCUCCCCUCCCCCAACAUCUUCCUCCCCACCUCUCUUCUUCCCGUCUGCCUCUGCCAUCACCAUGGAGACCAGGCCUCGCAUGGACAGCCUCAAGGUGAAGGUGAAGUUGAAGCCCCGCCCCCGGGCGGUCCCAGGUGGGGAGGACUUGUUGUCAUCUCGCCACGGAAAAAGGAUCAAGAGUUCCCGCUGGAGACGCUGGAGUGUUAGCAUCACACUGAGCAGGGGUCCUUGCAUUCCUAAUGAGGCAGUUGCUGUACCAACAGAGGAGGAAGUGGAUGAGUUGUUGAAGAACCUGGGGGCAUGUCUUCGUCCAGACCCAUUGCCCAAGGACCAGCGGAGGUGCUGCUUCUGUCACCAGCAGGGAGACGGACAGACCGAUGGACCAGCCAGACUCCUCAACCUGGACCUGGACCUCUGGGUGCACCUGAACUGUGCCCUGUGGUCCAGUGAGGUGUACGAGACUCAGGCCGGUGCCCUGAUCAAUGUGGAGCUGGCUCUGAGACGAGGUCUGACGCUGCGCUGCGCUCACUGUCAGCAGACCGGCGCCACGAGCGGCUGCAACCGCCUCCGCUGCACCAACACCUACCACUUCACCUGCGCCCUGCAGGCCCACUGCACCUUCUUCAAGGAUAAGACCAUGCUCUGCCACCUGCAUAAACCCAGGACCGUUUCUCUCAGUGGGGACAGGUCCUGCAGCGGCUCCCCUUCCUCCACUCCUGGCCCAAUCCUUGACCCGAUGGCAAUGGUGGCCUCCGACCCGUACGACUCAGAGCUGCGGUGCUUUGCUGUGUUUCGGCGAGUGUUCGUGCAGCGGGACGAGGCGCGGCAGAUUGCCGCCGUGGUACAGCGCGGCGAGCGGCAGCACACCUUCAGGGUCGGCAGCCUGCUGUUCCGUGCCGUCGGCAGGCUCCUCCCACAUCAAAUGAGCACCUUCCACAACGAGGCUGCCAUUUUCCCCGCUGGUUACCAUGCCAACCGCAUCUAUUGGAGCAUGCGCCACAGCAACAGACGCUGCAAGUACAUGUGCUACAUUGAGGAGAAGGAGGGCCACCCGCUGUUUAAGGUGAAGGUGGUGGAGAAGGGAUACGAUGACCUCAUUCUGACCGGCCCGACACCCAAAGCUGUGUGGGAUCAGAUCCUGGAACCAGUUUCCCAGAUGAGGGCCUCCAGUGGGAUGCUGAAACUGUUCCCUACUUACCUGAAAGGAGAAGAUCUGUUUGGUUUGACCACGUCUGCAGUGACCCGGAUCAUCGAGUCUUUACCUGGUGUGGAGGUCUGUGAGCGUUACACCUUUCGUUACGGCAGGAACCCUCUCAUGGAGUGGCCUCUGGCCUUCAACCCGUCAGGCUCCGCCCGCUCCGAACCCAAAGCCUCCCAGGCCAAGAGAUCCAACCCGCUGACCAGCAUCGCCCCCAGGUGUCAGGGCUCGGUGGGCUCCAUCGUGGGCCUCGUUCCCGGAGUCAUCUCUUUGUCUCCGGGUGAGACUGUGGCCGGCGCUCACCAGGGACGCCACUCCAAGUCAUCACAGUACCGACGCAUGAAGGCAGAGUGGAAGACCAACGUGUACCUGGCUCGCUCUCGCAUCCAGGGUCUGGGUCUGUACGCUGCCAGAGACAUUGAGAAGUGCACCAUGGUCAUCGAGUACAUCGGCACCAUCAUCAGGAGUGAAGUAGCCAAUCGCAAGGAGAGGCUGUACGAGUCACAGAACCGCGGCGUGUACAUGUUCCGGAUCGACAACGACUACGUGAUCGAUGCCACCAUCACCGGGGGACCUGCCAGGUACAUCAACCACUCGUGUGCUCCCAACUGCAUCACUGAGGUGGUGACGGUGGAGAAGGAGAACAAGAUCAUCAUCAGCUCCUGCAGACGCAUUCAGAGAGGAGAAGAGCUGUGCUACGACUACAAGUUCGACCUUGAGGACGAUCAGCAUAAGAUCCCGUGUCACUGUGGAGCCGUCAACUGCCGCAAAUGGAUGAACUGAACACACACACACACACACACACACACACACUCAGGCAGCUCGCUCUCUGUCGAUCACCCACCUCUCUGUGGGUGGAGCUUAACUUCAUAUCAAUAAUAAUGAAACUGAUCUCUUUGAUCAGCGGUGAUAAUA